CGUCGGUGCAGAACGUUGCGGGAUCAGAGCAACAAUAUUUUGCGUGAAGGCUCACAAGACAUAGGCCCUCCUUGUUGCAAGAAGACGGGAGACCACGAGGUAGUCAGACGUACCCCUGAUGCCGUCCUAGUGGGAAGCUUCUUACCUGAGACGGGUAAUUGCCAACAUGUGUGCCCAUCUAGAGCGUCGGGAAGGUGCGGUUAUUCUUUGCUCCUCUCUCCUCGCCAUGCUUCUGCAGUCGCCACAUCCUCGUUUCUGGAAUUCGAGUCUCUGAACCGGGCCGACGAGCUCAAGGCGUUCUCUCGUGCUUGGAUUGAAAGAUCAAGGAUCGGGCUCAAGGCAAAACCAUUGCAUCUCGUGGUCUGGGUGAAGGAGCAAGGAAAUGCUACUAUGACUAGGAGUCGGUAG